AUGGCUGCAGCGAACAGUGGAAAAUUUGAUGGGGGAGAUGAAACUCACAAUUGUUUCCAGGAAGGAAGUGAAAGCAAAGAUUGGGGAAUUGAAAAGGGAAAGGGCGUGGAUUCAAGCUCUCAGAGGCGUCAAUGGAAGCCAGUUUUUGAUGAUACUUCCAUUUCAUACAAUAGACCUCUGAAGAAAAUCCGCAGCCCCGAUCGCCAUAACACAAGCCAAUCUUCUUCCUCUUCUUCUUCUGUUCCUUUUCAACCUUCUCCUCUCUCUACCCCUCCUUCAUCCUCUUCAAGAAUUGUGUUCCCUUUCGCCUUCAACGGUUCCCAACACCCAAUGCAAUUCCCUCACCAAUUCGGAGCCACAAAUUCGCCUUUUCCUCUCCCCUCUUUCCAAAACCAACAACAGAUGAUAUCAUUCGGGUCCCAACAACAAAAUCUUCCCUUUCCACCAAUCAUGGCCCGAGAUUCUUCUUUUCUACACCACCACCAUCAGCAGCAGCAUCCACAGCAACUUCUUCAGCAUUGGAGAGACGCGCUGAAUCUAAGUCCCAGAGGAAUGUUAACCCAUUUGGGGCCAGAUGGAAGGCCAUUGUUUAGGCCUCCAUCGCAGCCCAUAAACACGACCAAGCUCUACAGAGGAGUGAGGCAACGCCAUUGGGGAAAAUGGGUCGCUGAAAUUCGUCUUCCUCGAAACAGAACGCGUCUCUGGCUAGGCACAUUCGACACGGCGGAGGACGCCGCCAUGGCCUACGACCGUGAAGCUUUCAAACUCCGAGGAGAAAAUGCCAGACUAAAUUUCCCCGAAAUGUUCAAAAACAAACAAGUUCAAGAAGAACCUUCUUCACCCGUUCAAAACCAGCAUGCAGAUGAACCCGUUCCUGAAGGCCGUGACAUGCCAAGAGAAGAGUCUAACGAGAAUGACUCGGGAAUUGGAUCGAGUGACGCCACUGUGAGUGAUGAGGUUCAUGCUGCUGCUGCAGAAGGAGGUGAAGGGGUUUCUCAGGAACUUGUUUGGGGAGAAAUGUCUGCUUGGUUCAAUGCUAUUCCUGCAGCUUGGGGACCCGGUAGUCCUGUGUGGGAUGAUUUGGAUCCCACCAAUAAUCUUCUUUACCAAUCACACGUUCCUUUUUCAAAUUCCAAUCAGCAAGAGUUCAAUUAUGCUACUAAUGAUGCUCAGAGACAUGAACACAACACAGGACCAGGUUACUUAUGGAAGGAUCAGGAUUGA